GAGCGCGAGACUCGCUCGUGGGAGUCGCUCUGCUGGCACGGAAGACGGCGCACCUCGCGGUCCAUCAGGGUUUUUCUCGCACUCGUCGUCGGCCGUCCCAGUGCGAGGUGAGUCUCGUUAAAUAGGUAUUACCACAACACACGCAAAGUAAAAAUCGUGAGAGAGGAGUCCGGUCGAAGGUCAACACUCGUGGCAAGAGAAAACAAAAGACAUCGGGAUGCCGAGGCCUAUCCUGAGCAGGCCGCGUACGCGCGUCUACGGGUGCAACUACGACAAGGGCGAGUCGUACUACAAGCCGACGAUCGAGAACUUGGACAGGAAGUACAGCGGGCGCCCGCUCUUCGCCGAGCCGCGCAACUCGCUCGCCGACGAGAUAGCCGCGCGACGUAGCGACAUCGGAACGCGCGACCUCGCGGGCUCCCGCACCUUCGACCUCGACUUCGAGCCGGCCCCGACAAAGCGCCACCCGGUUCCCCUGCUCCCCGAAGACGAGGACUUUGUGUUCGACGUCCGCGGGCAGAAGACCUCCCGCGGCGGUGCGGCGCGCCGGCUCGGCGAGAGCCUGGAAAGGGAGUUCCUUGGCAAGGAGUCGGGCCACCUCCGGCGCGCGGACCAGCUGCUCGAGGAGUUACGCCAGCCAACGGCCAAGUGGACGAGGCUCACCGGGGACGAGGACGGGGCUGGUGGGAGCGGCGCGGCUGCCGACCGGGCGCGCAAGAGCAAGGCCCGGCUGAGCGACCUCGAGCACGAGAUGGAGGAGAUGGCCGAGAAGCAGGCGCGCCGGGAGAAGAGGGCGGCGGCGCUUAGGGCCUUAGUCAGCGAGACCGCGGCCAUGGGGGAUGACGUGACCUCGUCGAUGCAGUCGGUCCACCAGCAGGUGCACCGCUCCGAGAAGACCGAGAAACACGUCUCCUUUUAGGAGGGCUUUUUUCCACCUUCCCUUUUUUUUUUUUUUUUUUUUUUUUCCUUUUUCCCCCCAUCCGAUUGUCGCGAAUCGCCUCCGUGUGUCUUGUGUACUCGCAAAAAAAGGAUUAAACACGCGCUUAUGGUUUCUAAAAGCAAGUAGGUGCACUAAGUAUACAUUGUAACAUGUACACACUUUUGCCGAAACGUUUUUUGCGAAAAUCGGAUGAUACAUCGCUUGGGCAGGUAUACACAGUUUAGAUUUAUUUACUCCUGUUAAUUUCAAUCCUCGUUUUAGUUGUUUUUGAAAAUUACAAUUGUUCAAACGAUAUAUACUUUCCUAAUAAUAGUCGCACAUGUGUUUAACCUAUUUUUGUAUGAUAACAGAGACAAAGUAUUUUUGUACGAAAGUAUGUUGUAUGGUCUUAUAUCGUCGAACACGGGAAAAAUCGUAUCCAUAUAUUAUGUUGUGAUAUGUUUUAAUAAAAAAAAAAAA